AUGGCCCGUUCCAGAUCCAAGGGCGCCAUGGACAUGUCCUCGCAGGGAGGGUUUCCAUCGGCAGCGAACAAAAAACCCCGCAACGUGCGCCACAACUACCACUCGAGACGGCCGCGCAAUCCAAGGUCAACGCCAUCCAAUUCAGAUCUCAUAUCACCUCCUCUCGCUAGCAAGGCCACCUCACAUCAAUACAACAUGGUUCAGCGGCUCCAGCCAAUCCUCGCGUUCCGCGAGGCUACUACCACCGACGUCCCCAACCUUCUGCCUCUCAUCCGCACAGCAUACCGUGGCAACCAAGGAUGGACCAACGAAUCUGCCUACCUCAAUGACAAACGCAUCUCCCCCGCAGACCUUGAAUCCAAGAUCAAUGCCCCUGAUGGCCUGGUCCUCAUCACCCACGACGCCGCGACGGGCGAGCUCGUAGCCUGCUGUGAGCUCCAGCACCGCCCAGCCGGCGACGGCAAGCCCAGCACCGGUUACUUCGGGCUGUUCGCCGUCGAUCCCAACAGACAGGGCGGUGGGUUGGGAAGGCAGGUUCUUGCGAGAGCCGAGGCGCAUGCGAAGGAGUAG